CAUUUAUUUAUUUCCCUUCAAAAAUUACCCAAUAUAAAUACCAUCUCUUUGUCUCACUCACUCUCACUCUUCACUCCCCACUUCCUCCUCCUCCUCCUCCCCACCUCACAAUGCUCCCCCUAAUCCCACUCUCUCUCCUCCUCCUCUUCACCUCCCAACCAGCCUUCUCUUGGCGCCCUUGGCCCAAUGCCGAUCUCAACAUCAGCCGUAGUCAUCAAACUACGGCUGAUUUAGAGUUCGGCCCCUCGAAAAAAUUCGAGGGGUCAUCCGAGUUUGUCGACCUUAAGUACCAUAUGGGGCCGGUAAUGACUACAAACAUCACUGUCCACAUUAUCUGGUACGGCAAAUGGCAGCCGUCCCAGAAGCGGAUAAUCCGAGAAUUCGUAAACUCGAUCUCGGAUGAAUCCGUCCCACCACCCUCGGUUUCAGGGUGGUGGAAGACGGUUCAGCUCUACACCGAUCAAACCGGGUCCAAUAUUUCUAGAACCGUCCGAAUUGGUUCGGAGAAGAACGACAGAUUUUACUCCCACGGUAAAUCACUCACUCGGUUAUCAGUUCAGUCUGUAAUAAAAUCAUUUAUUACCGCGAGAACUAAACCUCUACCAAUCACACCUAAGAACGGGAUUUACCUCUUGCUGACGUCACCUGACGUGUACGUUCAGGAUUUUUGUCAGCAAGUAUGUGGGUUUCACUAUUUUACUUUCCCCUCAAUCGUAGGGUAUACUUUACCCUACGCUUGGGUGGGUAACAGCGCGAAGCUGUGCCCGGGGGUGUGUGCGUACCCGUUUGCGGUACCCAAGUACAUCCCCGGGCUCAAAGCGGUUAAAAGCCCCAACGGAGACGUUGGGGUCGAGGGGAUGAUAAGUGUCAUUGCUCAUGAGAUAGCGGAGUUGGUAACCAACCCGCUUGUCAAUGCUUGGUAUGCGGGGCCUGACCCGAUUGCGCCUGUGGAAAUUGCGGAUCUUUGUGAAGGGAUUUAUGGGACAGGAGGUGGUGGGUCCUAUACUGGACAAAUGUUGGAGGGUCGAGAUGGUGCCACGUUUAAUGUGAAUGGAAUCCGACGGCGGUUUUUGAUUCAGUGGGUUUGGAACCAUGUCGUCAAUUAUUGUACUGGACCCAACGCCCUUGACCACUGAGUAGUACUAGUUUGGUAAUUUUUAUUUUAUUUUUUAAAAUUUGAUAUUUGGGUGUUUUUGGGUUAGAUUUUGGACCAUUAGUUUCGGUAGAUUUUUAUUUUUUUGGAGGGAAGUUUGAUGAAAAAGAAAAAAAAGUGUAUGGUAUUGUAUUUGUAUGUAUACUAUCUUUUGUAUACCAUAAGAAAAAUAAGAUAUUGGUAAUUUAGUAAAUUCAGGUUAUAUUUAUAUAAUUGGUGUAA